AUGCCCGUCGAAAUCACCGUCAAGGGCCUCCUCUUCGACAUGGACGGCACCCUAGUCGACUCGACACCUGCCGUGGAGAAGACGAUGGGCGACUGGUGCCACGAGCAGGGCAUCGAGCCGUCCGAGUUCUUCCAGCAUUCGCACGGCGUCCGAACCCAGGACAACAUCAAGCGAUUCCAGCGCGUCCCCGUCCCCGGCACCUCGCUCUCGGAAGAAGAGCUCGUCAACUCGGUCAACAAGCUCGAGUGGCUCAUCGCCGAGAACGGCCGGCUAAUGCACGAGGCUGGAGGAAAGGGAAUUGAGCGGCUGCCGGGCGCGAAGGAGUUGCUUGAUGCGUUGCGGGCCGGCGGAGCGCGAUGGGGCAUCUGCACGAGUGCUACUCGCACCUACGCAUCUUCGGCGCUCAAGACGGGCGAGAUCGGCGCAGAACCUCCCGCGCUGCCUUUCCUCGUCACCGCAAACGAUGUCACGCACGGCAAGCCUCACCCUGAGCCGUACUUGAAGGGCUUGGACGAGCUCCGACAACUUCCUGGCGCCGCCUUCGAGCCUUCCGACAUCCUCGUCGUCGAGGAUGCGCCUUCAGGGCUCAAGUCUGGCUUGGCGGCAGGCUGCAAGACACUUGGUGUCGCGACGGGCCAGCCGCUCGAGCGUUUCCGGACGUUCGAGGCAACGGUUAAGACGAUGGACUUGACGAGGGUGGAGGUCGUGAGCGCCAGCCCCGACGCUGUCACGCUGAGGAUCAUGACGCUCGAGGAGGAAGAGUCGGAAAAGACCAAUGGGACCGCCUAA